AGUUUUCAUGUCGGAGUCGAAGUGAUAACGUGCGUAUAGGAGUCGUCGUGCUCAACCAGAGAUAGAAUUAUACGAAUGAGUGAGACGCGCGAGAAAGGGAUCGAAUUCGUGGCCCAAGAUUUGAAAAAUUCCAGCAAGAUGAAUGUUAUGAAAGACGAAGCUGUAUUUCCCGAGCAUUCAAUGGCCGAUGUUUCGCCUCAGGAUGAUGCGUCUUAUGAGUUUUUGGAGUUUAUAUCGAUGGAUCCGUCGCGAACUGACAAAAGCGCUUCUGACGAGGACACGUUGCCAGAGUUGGCAGAGGUUGAAACGAAAUCAAACAACCGCGAAGAAUGCACGGAUGCAGCAUCAACUGUAUCUGUCGAUAAAAAAAGAUCCCUUGCAAAGGUUAAGUUGAAGAAUAUCGAGACCGCGCAAACGUCGUCGUCGGAGAUGCAAAGCGUCAGUACGGAAACCGAAUCAGUAUCCAUAUGCGCUGAAACUCAAACGCAAACACCUGUCACUCAAACAGGCGCUAUUCCAAAGCGGAAACUUGAUGACACUGGUGAACUGCAAGAAGAUAUCGUAAUCGCUCCCAGUAAAGACAAAAUUACACUGGAUCGAUGUUCUGUUCGAAGCGCAAUUUUGCAACGGAACAUCGACGAUCACAUGACAAAAGCGAAAGAGCUGAGCGACUGCUUCAUUUCCACUCAAUCUCGUUACGCAGAAGAGCAAAAUAUCAUAGGAGAAUGUGCCAGUAUGAUUAACGCGGUUGAAAGCAUAAAAUUAGCCGAUGAUAAGUCGUUGGCUGGAAAUGAUCUUACCGAGUACGAGAAGUCGCUAACGAAUUAUCGCAAAAAGUUGAUAUCCGUACAGAUUCAGGUCGUGGAGGACAGACAAAAGAUGAUUAGCGUUGAGAAGCAUUACCAGAAAAUACUGUCGGAUUACAGGCGUUUGGUGCUCGAGUUGGAGUCUGUACAGUUGGAAAAUGCAAAGAUGACUCUGAUAGAGAAGGAGAAACAGAAAAAGUAUGUCGCGAUCGAAAAAAAUCUCGACGAAAGGGACAAGCGAUUGAGCGAAGAAAAGGCUUCUCUGAUUAAGCAGCAGCAGAGUCUCAUUGACGAGAAAGCUCUAGUCUACGAAGCCAUGACGAACAGCAUUCGAACUCUCGAGCUGGAAAAGGAGAAACUUUUAGUUGGCAGAAAAUGUUUCGAGGAUUUCGGCGGAAAGCCCGCAGAUCGUCCAGAACCAAUAUCGCAUGACUUACAAAAACCGAUCCCCAAGAAGAAAAUUUGCAUUCAGGAACAGCAAGCACUGCAGCAGCAAUUGAACGCAGCUCAGCAACAGGCGUCGAUGGGUAUACAACGGCCGAGCACACCUACUAAGACGGCCCCACAAAUCAAAGUUUCCGGGGGAAAUCAGUUAAUGGCUGCCCAGAUAGCAGCUCAGACGGUCAUAACGUCUCAAGCACCGCCGGCGCAACAUAAAUCCCAACAACAAGCGCAACAGCCUCAAAAGAGCUUGAGUACCGGACCAGGUAUACAGAUGCCACAGCAAGCGAACGCACAGCACAUGCCUCCUCCUGGUUUUAACAAUAAUCCUCCUGGACAUUCGAAUUCGAUCCAUUCACAUCUACAGGAACAGCUAAUACGACUUCAGGGACAGUUAUUCGAGUUGAGGGAACGUCAGAAACAUCAGACGGAUACACCGGCUAACGCGCCACAGUCUUCCGCGCUAGUUUCAAAAGGUCAAGCAAAUCCUGCUGCCAGGCAUAAGAGCGCAACAAAUUUUGUUACCUGUGAAAUAUGCGAUGUAUACAUUGAGGAUCCGGAGCAAUUGCGAAACCAUAUGCAAUGGGUUCAUAAAUUCAAGAUACAUCCAAAAAUGAUUUACAGCAAACCACCACUGAACUGCCAGAAAUGCAAUUUCAGAUUCUACACAGGCCAGGGGCUAGAAAGACAUCUGCUCAGGUCCCACGGACUCGUGACCUCUACCAUGCAGGAAGCUGCUAACAGUAGCAAAGAUGGAGGCCGUUGCCCAGUUUGCGGAAAUAUUUACGCAUCGAAGCUGCUUAGCCACGUAGCUCGCGAUCACGGCAUGACUCUGAAGCCCGCGCAUCUGACAUACAGGUGUACGGUUUGCGCUGCCACUUUCAGCGUUUACGAACAAUUCGAGAAUCACGUGUACGCGGCGCAUAGCAGCGUCGCUAAACAUGCCAUGGACAAGAAGGGCGGCGGGCCCUGUGCACUGACCUCGAGGCCCAACGAUUUGCUUUAACCCCGAAAGAUCAACGAGGAGUUUGCAAUCAUUCCAAAGCCAACUGAUGUUAACGGCUAAAAUUACAAGACGAAAACGUAGAUAAUGUUAUAAAACUGUGUUCAAAAUAUAUGUACAAACGCUGCGUGUCUUUUUACAAUAUGCAAUUUCAACAAAACUAUUUAGGAGGUUGAGGUAUAGGAUACAAUCGCACGAUUCGAAUUAAUAAUCUCUAGGUAGUCUUUUACAAAAAAAAAAAA